CAAGUUCUUGAUUUCUUUCUUCCCUAGAAGAAAAAACCCUCAAUUUGUGAUCUUUUCUGAAUUAGUCAGUGGGAUUUUCUUUCAUGGCGACUGAGUACUUAUCUGAUGAGGUGCUGAGUACCUUUGUGCCCAUAGUGGUGUACUGGGUGUUUUCGGGCAUAUACGGACUUCUUAGUUACAAUGAGAGCUGGAGGCUUCACACAAAGAGCGAGGAAGAAGAGAAGAACAUAGCUUCCAAAGGACAAGUGCUGAGGGGUGUGCUUCUUCAGCAGCUGGUUCAAGUGGUGGUCGUCUUCUCCAUUCUGAAAUUGAUCGGCGACGACAGCGGAGUACCGCCUCCGCAACCUUCCUUGUUGGUAAUGGCAUGGCAGUUCUUGAUCGCGAUGAUCGUGCUCGACUCAUGGCAAUACCUGGGCCACCGCUACCUCCACAUCAACAAGUUCCUGUACAAACACAUCCACUCCUACCACCACGCUCUCAUCGCUCCCUACGCCUACGGAGCCCUCUACAACAACCCCAUCGAGGGCCUCAUCCUCGACACCAUUGGAGGAUCCAUGGCCUUCCUCCUCUCCGGGAUGACCACUCGCACCAGCAUCUACUUCUUCACCUUCGCCACCAUCAAGACCGUCGACGUCCACUGUGCCCUGUGGAUGCCGUGGAAUCCCCUCCAGUUCAUGUUCAACAACAAUGUCGCCUACCAUGAUGUUCACCAUCAGCUUAAGGGGAACAAGUACAACUACGCGCAACCGUUCUUCAUCUCCUGGGACAAGAUCUUUGGAACUUACGUGCCGUACACUGUUGUCGAGCGCCAAGGCGGCGGGUUCGAGGUCCUACCGCAGCUUCCCAAGAAAGAAUGAAUUACAUUCAAUCCAGCGCUUUUUUUUUCCUGGGUUAAAUCCAUAUGUGUGGCUUGUCAAUUAUAGUAACUUUAUUGUUUUUGUGCCUUAGAUUCUUUUCUCUUAUUUUGCUCGGUUUGGGAAUAGUAAACCAUUCAUUUCUAAUAUGUACGUAUAUGAACAUCCUAUU